GCGAAAAGUCAGUCUUCCCGGGAAAAGUAGUCUACAGUCGAGCUUCUGUACAAGGCAGACGUGAGAAAAUGGCGGAUUCCUCAGAGUCGUUCAACAUGGCCACCAGCCCCACUCGAGGCUCUCGGCGAGGAGAUCUGACCUCCAGCCCUGGCAGAGACCUUCCUCCGUUUGAGGAUGAGUCUGAGGGGCUUCUGGGAGACACUCUUCCUGAUGAGGAGGACGAUGAUGGAGAGGAGCUGAUUGGAGAUGCCAUGGAGAGAGACUACCGUGUGAUCCCAGAACUGGACCGCUAUGAAGCGGAGGGUCUGGACGAGGAUGAAGAUCUCAGUGAACUUUCACCCAGCGCUCGUGCCGAGGCAGAAGCGGCGAUGAGGAGACGCGACAGAGAACAGGGCCUUGGCAUGGGCCGCAUCGGACGUGGACUCCUUUAUGACAGUGAAGACGAGGAUGACAAACGGCCUACGAAGAGGCAGCGUGUCCUGGCAGAGAGGGCAGCCGAGGGUGGAGCGCUGGAGGGCGAAGAUGAAGAGAUGAUUGAAAGCAUUGAGAACCUGGAGGACAUGAAGGGCCACACGGUGCGCGAGUGGGUUUCUAUGGCCGCACCACGACUGGAGAUCUACCACCGCUUCAAGAACUUCCUGCGCACACACGUGGAUGAGCACGGACAUAACGUGUUUAAAGAGCGCAUCAGCGACAUGUGCAAAGAAAAUAAGGAGAGUUUGCUGGUGAACUAUGAAGAGCUGGCGUCCAGAGAGCAUGUGUUGGCAUAUUUUCUACCAGAAGCUCCUGCCGAAAUGCUGAAGAUCUUUGACGAAGCAGCGAAAGAAGUUGUUCUUGCCAUGUACCCCAAAUACGACCGAAUCGCACAUGAAAUCCACGUCAGAAUUGGUAACCUACCAUUGGUGGAGGAGCUUCGAUCACUCAGGCAGCUCCACCUGAAUCAGCUGAUCCGCACUAGUGGUGUCGUGACCAGCUGCACUGGAGUUCUUCCUCAGCUCGGGAUGGUCAAAUACAACUGUAACAAGUGUAACUUUAUUUUGGGGCCGUUCUUCCAGUCCCAGAACCAGGAGGUGAAGCCGGGCUCCUGUCCUGAGUGUCAGUCGCUCGGGCCCUUUGAGAUCAACAUGGAGCAGACGGUGUACCAGAACUACCAGCGCAUCACCAUUCAAGAGAGUCCUGGGAAAGUGGCUGCGGGUCGCCUGCCUCGAUCUAAAGAUGCCAUUCUGCUGGCAGACCUGGUGGACAUGUGCAAACCCGGAGAUGAGAUCGAGCUCACUGGGAUCUACCACAACAACUAUGACGGCUCUCUCAACAUGGCCAAUGGCUUCCCCGUCUUCGCCACCGUGAUCUUAGCCAAUCACAUCGCUCGAAAGGACGAGGGCGUGGCCGUGGCGGAGCUCACCGAUGAAGACGUCAAAGCCAUCGUCGCGCUGUCCAAAGACGAGCGCAUUGGCGAACGGAUUUUUGCAAGUAUCGGACCUUCCAUCUACGGACAUGAGGACAUUAAACGCGGUCUGGCACUUGCUCUGUUCGGUGGCGAAGCUAAAAAUCCAGGUGGGAAGCACAAGGUGCGUGGUGAUAUAAACGUCCUUCUGUGUGGAGAUCCCGGCACGGCUAAAUCUCAGUUCCUGAAGUACGUGGAGAAGGUGGCGAGUCGAGCGGUGUUCACCACAGGACAGGGAGCCUCCGCUGUGGGUCUGACUGCUUACGUACAGCGGCAUCCUGUCAGUCGAGAGUGGACGCUGGAGGCCGGAGCGUUAGUGCUGGCGGAUAGAGGAGUGUGUCUUAUUGAUGAGUUCGAUAAGAUGAACGAUCAGGACAGGACCAGCAUCCAUGAGGCGAUGGAGCAGCAGAGCAUCUCCAUUUCCAAAGCAGGAAUCGUGACUUCUCUCCAGGCCCGCUGCACAGUCAUCGCUGCCGCCAAUCCCAUCGGUGGACGCUAUGACCCGUCUCUAACGUUUUCGGAAAACGUGGACCUGACGGAGCCCAUUAUUUCUCGAUUUGACGUCCUGUGUGUUGUAAGAGACACUGUCGAUCCUGUGCAGGAUGAAAUGUUGGCUCGCUUUGUGGUCGGCAGCCACAUCAAGCAUCAUCCUAGCAACAAAGAAGGGGGCGUGGCUGGACUGGAGGAGGUGGUGCUUCCCAACACAUUCGAUGUCCCACCGAUCCCACAGGAGUUGCUCCGCAAGUACAUCAUGUACGCGAAAGAGCGCGUGAGGCCCAAACUCAACCAGAUGGACCAGGACAAAGUGGCCCGCAUUUACAGCGAUCUACGAAAAGAGUCUAUGGCUACAGGAAGUAUCCCCAUUACUGUGCGUCACAUCGAGUCUAUGAUCCGCAUGGCCGAAGCUCACGCUCGCAUGCAUCUGCGUGACUACGUGCUGGAGGACGACGUCAACAUGGCCAUCCGCGUCAUGCUGGAGAGCUUCAUCGACACGCAGAAGUUCAGCGUGAUGAGGAGCAUGAGAAAGACGUUUGCACGGUAUCUGGCCUUCAGACGAGACAACAACGAGCUGCUGCUGUUCAUCUUGAAGCAGCUGGUUUCGGAGCAAGUCUCGUAUCAGCGCAACCGUUACGGAGCCCAGCAGGACACCAUCGAGAUCGCAGAGAAGGACCUGGUGGACAAGGCGCGACAGAUCAACAUCCACAACCUGUCUGCGUUUUACGACAGCGAUCUCUUCCGCUCAAACAAAUUCUCCCACGAUGUCAAGAAGAAGCUCAUCGUUCAGCAGUUCUAGCCUGCAUCUGGAGUCUCCCGGACUUGUAUAUAGUUUUGUCAUGUGGUCGUCGGACCAGUCGUUCGUUACACAUGGGUUACACAUUUUGACCCAUUCAUGAACUUGUUACCGUAGUGAUCUGCUUGGCUCACGUGGUCUUGUUGACUGUAUCUUGCGUUGUUUCUGCUGUCAAAUUAAUUCAGUGUUGUAAAAAAAUAUGAAAAAAAACUUUUGUACUGUUUGUUCUGAACAAUAAACUAAAGCUGUGUGUGUGAUCGAC